UCCUUAUACAUGGGGGGCGAAAAUCAAGCGACGGGCCAGGAGCGGAGGCGCAGGUUACUCUGCCCCUUGAUGUUAGCGACGCGCCGUUGGGGACGCCACCUCAGGUAACCGGCGUGCUUAUUCAAGGGGAGCGGGAAUCAAGCGAUGAACCUGAUGCAGAGUCAAGGGCGAUUUCAUCGCCGGAGGUGCCCAUCUCCUGUCCACAAGGCCGGGGAAGCGGCGAAGCUGAUGAUGGAGAACAACUCUGUCCAAGCCGGAGGCGGAAGCAGCAACAGCAAUGCUGCUCCCAACAAGAUGAGGAUGAUCGGCGUCGAUGGGAGGGAAGGGCAGGGAGCUACCACUACCCAGGCCAGUCCCUUCCAACGGCUCAAGGGGAAGAUGGCCAUGAUGGAGACGGCGACUGAGAAGGAGAAGAAGAUUCUUGUCUGGAACAUCUCCAAGAACAAGCCGAUCUCGCGCAUCAGGCUGAUGGCCGUGGGGGUCUACCUCUCGAUCAUGGCGAUCACCUCGAAGACUCUGCUAGAUGGCAUGAAGAGAAUCUGGCAGAUCCGGGGACACAUCGACACCAUGCAGCUACCGGACAGGAGGUUUGUUAUCGAGUUUUCUGAACUUGGUGAUUUUGAGCAUGUAGUUAAGGGAGGCCCAUGGAAUUUUAGAAAUGAUGUUGUCCUAAUAGAAGAGCUUAAGGAAGGGAUAGAUGCUGAAAGUUUCACCUUCUCUACCAUACCCAUUUGGGUUCAGUUUCAGAAAAUCCCUUUCUACCUUCUCUCACAACAGUUAGUCAAGGAUUUGGGAAAUGAAGUUGGAGAACUGGUCACUUUUGAUAAAUAUGCUAGAGGUGAUAUAUGUGAUAAAAUCCUUAGAGCUAGAGUUCGUAUUCCCAUUGAUCAAGCUCUGCAGAGGAGGGUCACCUUUAGGGAUGAGUAUGAGCAGCAGAACGUGACCACCUGUUUGGCUUAUGAAAGGCUUCCCAAUUUCUGUUGUUCAUGUGGUAUAAUUGGACAUCUAGUCACUGAGUGCAGGGCCCCUGACAAGGAGAAGAUGGUGUUGUAUGACGUGGGCAUUGGGGCACCUCCAACACUCCCUGAAGACCCACGUCGCUGGCCCAUUCCAGAGUUCACCGGGCAAGCACGUCAGCUACACACCUUCCCCUGGAGAUCCAACCGGGGCAGGGAUGGGUGGCUGACACGCACUGGAAAUCGGCAACAACUUCCCACCAUCGCGCAGGUGGCCAAGGACGUCGGCAAGCUCACCGUCAACGACCCUCAAGAAAGCAACGCCAAGGAAGCUGCGCCCACCUUGACGAACACCUCGCCCACGACCCUCGCGUCCUCGCCGCUGCGUCAAGAGAUCACCAUCGCCAACACCAACAAGGAUGGUGAGGCCGCCCCUCCAGUGGGAGACACCGUCCUCGAGAAGCUGCCUCCGCUUCAGGAUGAGAUCGCCAAAAACGUGACUGGCAAGGGGGCUGCAACCACAACUAUGCCCCCUUCCACUCCGUGCCUUCCCGUGAGCGCCAAGACGGUGGCUAUGACCACUAGCACCCAGGUCAGAGAAGAAAAAACACUCGUUGUGUAUACUGCCAGGAAGCCGACAACAUGGAAGAGAACCAUCAAGGUUGCUGUCCAAGACAACAACACCAAGAGCACUGCGUUGACAACCCAGGGAGGAGCCCUGGGGGCUCCACGCACUAGGCCGGAGAUCGAGGAAGGAGAUGCCCAGCUGCAGCCGAGAAACAAGAGAAUCGUGCUCCAGGUUCCUAACAUGGAGCAGUGCUUGGGCGUGGAAGGUCUGAAGAAGCUGCUUGAAGAGGAGAUGGGGACCAGACAGCCAGAAAUCAAGCAGCACAGCGGGGGAGCUGAGACAGGCAGCUCCUCUUAUCAGAUCAUCCUUAAUGAUCCUGAGGUACAGCCCAAGAAGAAGGACAAGGAGGCAAACAAUGAGGAGAACUCAGAAGACGAGGCCACCAGCACUCCUAAAGCUGGUCAACUGACGGGCGCGAAGGAGCGUGCCCGUCAGAAGAAAUGAAAAUCUUCGCUUGGAACUGCCGGGGCCUUGGGCAGCCCCGGACAGUUCAGGAUCUGGAGCGUCUUCUGCGCGCUCAUCGACCCAAGCUGCUCUUCCUCUCUGAAACUCGUCAUAAUAAAGUUGCUUUAGAUAGCCUUAGAUGGAGAUUAGGCCUUAAGCACUGUGUUUCCUUUAUAGAUGAAGGAAAAGGUGGUGGUGUUGCGUUGUUCUGGGACGAGUCCAUAGAUGUAGAGCUGCUUAAAAUAAAUAGCAGAGUUAUUGAUGUAAUGAUCCAUGAUCAACAAAAAAAUAUGAAAUGGAGGAGUACCUUUGUUUA